UGCACCGGCGAGCGCCGGGCCCCGCAGAGCCACCCGGCCGUCCGAGGGCCUUGACGCGGGGGACGGCGGGGAACCCCAGACGCAGCGCGGGUCGGGGGGAUCCCGCGCAGAGAGCCGCCGCCACAGCCUCUGCGCCGCCCACGCGCUCUGGGCUGACUGGCGCCCACCGCGCCCCUCCUCUCGGCUGCCGGCUCCCUCGGUCCUGCCGUCCGCUCGCCGGCCAGUCGCCCGCGCGCCAUGCAGCCGCCGUCAGCCCCGCGCGCGUAGGCGUCCGCCACAGGCCAUGCUGCCCCUGCUCGCUGCGCUGCUGGCCGCCGCCUGCCCGCUGCCUGCCGCCCGCGGCGGGGCCGCGGACGCGCCAGGCCUCCUCGGGGCACCCCCUAACGCCUCCGUCAACGCGUCGUCCCCGGAAGAGCCCGCCGCCCCGCGGUUGCUGGCCUCGGCGGCCCCGGGGUCCCCCGAGCGCUCGGGCCCGGAGGAGGCGGUGGCGGCGCCGUGCAACAUCAGCGUGCAGCGGCAGAUGCUGAGCUCGCUGCUCGUGCGCUGGGGCCGCCCGCGGGGCUUCCAGUGUGACCUGCUGCUGUUCUCCACCAACUCGCACGGCCGCGCCUUCUUCGCCGCCGCCUUCCACCGAGUCGGGCCGCCGCUGCUCAUCGAGCACCUGGGGCUGGCGGCGGGCGGCGCGCAGCAGGACCUGCGCCUCUGCGUGGGCUGCGGCUGGGUGCGCGGCCGCCGCCCCGGCCGCCUCCGGCCCGCGGGCGCCACCGCCGGGGCGCCCACCGCGCUGCCCGCCUACCCCGCUGCCGAGCCUCCCGGGCCGCUGUGGCUGCAGGGCGAGCCGCUUCAUUUCUGCUGCCUGGACUUCAGCCUGGAGGAGCUGCAGGGCGAGCCGGGCUGGCGGCUUAACCGCAAGCCCAUCGAGUCCACGCUGGUGGCCUGCUUCAUGACCCUGGUCAUCGUCGUGUGGAGCGUGGCCGCCCUCAUCUGGCCGGUGCCCAUCAUCGCCGGCUUCCUGCCCAACGGCAUGGAGCAGCGCCGGACCACCGCCAGCGCCCCUGCGGCCGCCCCCGCUGCAGUGCCGGCGGGGACCACCGCGGCCGCCGCCGCCGCCGCUGCUGCAGCCGCUGCCGCCGCGGCCGUCACCUCGGGGGCGGCGACCAAGUGACCCGCUCCGCUCCUCCCCGCGUCCGCCCUGUGUUCGCGCUCUCGGGUGCCUUUCCCGCCGGGAGACUCGGCCGGUGUGCUUCGUGCUGUAGUGACCGUUAGUUCUUUUCCGGGGAGGGGGCCGCUAGAGAUGCCCCAGCGUGCUUGAAAAGCAAGGUGUGUGCUGCGCUUCUUAUUCCGAAAAGCAGGAUGCAAGCCCUUACUUAGAAUGAGAGGUGGGAUCCGCAGCUUUGAAGACAGGAGGGUAAUGGGGCCCUUUCCCCUUCAUUGCAUCCCUCUCUUCUGUCCCUCCCCGCACCCAGGUGCCCCGUAUUUAUGGCAGAAAAUGACCAAAUCCUGUGUAUUUGUUUUAUAUAUUUAAUAACUGUUUUAAAUGAAAGUUUUAGUAAAAAACAACAAAAAAAGAUUAAAUUGCUAUUGCUGUAGUAAGAGAAAUUCUUUGUACCUGAACAUAGUUGUAUUUGAAGUUUGUUGGGUUUUUUAAAAUUUUGUUUUAAAAGGUGGGGUGGGGGCAUGGUCAGGAUUUAACACCGAUAUGUUACUGCUGCUGAAAAUGAACUUUAUGAAGCUUUUCAAAGUCGAUCUACUCAGUGAUGUGGCCUGGUGGGCAUUUCUAAUUGUACUUCUGUGGUUUUUUUUGGCUUUUAAUACAGACAUUUUCCUCCAGAGA